ACUUUCAUUCCCAAUUCAAUUUCUUUCUUUGUUAUUAAAUCAUCCAUCAAAUCGCAGAAAAGAACCAGAAAUAGAGAGAGAGAUUUGGAGAUAAAUGCGUCCAAUUCUGCUUUAAUUUCAUGAGUUGCCUUUCUUUUUCGAUUUGGAGUUCGAAGCUUCACACCUUCGAUCCAUUUGAUUCAGAGAGACAACAAGCAUAAAACAGAGGUUGGUCUUGAAGGAAAUUAAAAUGGGUGGAUCACUUGAGAACAAUCCAGUUAUCAACAGACCAUCACAUCUUCAAGGAGGUUUGAGAAUGGGUGCCAAGUUUCCCCAGCAGAGUACUACUCAAAAUCAUCGACAGGCUCUGAGCAACAUAGAUCAGAAUAUAAUAGGAGCUACCCUUUGCCCUUCUCUACUCAACAAAACUGGAUUCUUAGGGAAAGUUGAGAACUGCAACAAGAACACAUCAGUAUCUGCAUAUGGGUCGAUUAAAAGGAAGUUUGCAGCACAAUUGAUGAGCCAUCAGCAGACUUGCCAUGAAGAAACUAAGAAACCAACUCUAGCAGCCUCAAAUUCACAUGGAUUGGAAGAAUAUUGUACAAGCAUAGAUGUGGAUGGUUAUGAGGAAACUUCUGAUGUUCCGGUCCCAAUGUUCGUGAAGCACACUGAAGCAAUGAUGAAUGAAAUUGAUCAGAUGGUGGAGAUUGAAAUGGAAGAUGUUGUUGAGGACCCUAUUCUGGAUAUUGACAACAGUGAUGUGAAAAAUCCUCUUGCAGUUGUUGAGUACAUUGAUGAUAUCUAUGCUUACUACAGAAAAACUGAGAACUCUGGCUGUGUCUCUCCAAAUUAUAUGGUGCAUCAAUUUGACAUUAAUGAGAAGAUGAGAGCCAUCCUCAUCGACUGGCUUAUCGAGGUGCACUGCAAGUUUGAACUCAUGGAGGAGACGUUGUUCCUCACUGUCAAUCUUAUUGACAGAUUCUUAGAACGCCAAAUGGUGGUCAGAAAGAAACUCCAAUUAGUUGGUGUGACCGCAAUGCUAUUAGCAUGCAAGUAUGAGGAGGUAUCAGUCCCAUUUGUGGAGGAAUUAGUUCAUAUAUCAGAUAAGGCUUAUAUGAGAGAAGAAGUUAUUGAAAUGGAGAAACUAAUGGUGAAUACACUACAAUUCAACAUGUCCGUUCCAACCCCAUAUGUUUUUAUGAGGAGAUUUCUCAAGGCAGCUCAAUCCGACAAAACUGUUGAGCUUCUGUCCUUCUUCAUCAUUGAACUCUGCCUGGUAGAGUAUGAAAUGCUACAGUACCCGCCAUCUUUGCUUGCAGCAGCAGCAAUUUACACUGCUCAGUGUAGUCUUUAUAGGUCUAAGCAGUGGACUAAAACAAGUGAGUGGCACACCAAUUACUCAGAAGACCAGCUUAGGGAAUGCUCGAGACUAAUGGUUAGGUUUCAUCAGAAAGCUGGGACAGGGAAACUCACCGGAGUAUACAAGAAGUACAAUACAUGUAAAUUUGGUUAUGCAGCGAAAUCCGAACCUGCUCAGUUCCUCUAAGAUUUGUAAUUGUGUGGAUGGAUAAAUGAAAAGUGAGACUCAGACGUUGUGAUUUUGGUUAUUUCUUUGUGUGCAACUGAGCAACACAAGUUGCCACCAGGAAGUUUAAGCAUUUGAGAGCCUUGUAGCCCUACUACUACCUUGGUGGGUUUCUUUCGUUGCCAAAACUUUAUUUUGAGCUUUGCUGUAAGUAGUUAGUUUUCAAUUUUUGUAAUUAUUCUUCUAUCUCAAAUUUAUUUCAAUCAAAUGUUAUCUGUGGGUGACUUUAAAUGUUUGAAAUCUUUGUCUUGAAAUGCAAAUAGUUCGCGACAAAGAAGUAUUGUC